AUGGGUAUUCCUGGCCUCAUCAAUGCAAUUGGCGCUGGGGAACGCGUUUCCUUAUCAAAGAUAGCAAUAUCCCAUCUGCAGCAAACUGCAAGGCCCAUUCGCGUGGCAGUGGAUAUCUCAAUCUGGCUUUUCCAAGUGCAGUCUGGCCGAGGUGGCAAGAACCCUGAGUUACGGACUCUGUUCUUUCGGCUACUUAAGUUACUGGCGUUACCAGUUCAUCCCCUUUUUGUCUACGACGGACGGCACAAGCCCCCAUUCAAAAGAGGGAAGUCCGUCAGUUAUGGGAGUACGCCGCUUAUUAGGCGGUCGAAGGAUUUAAUCGAACGAUUCCGGUUUCCUUGGCACGAAGCUCCUGGCGAAGCAGAAGCCGAAUGUGCCCGAUUGCAGCAAGCAGGCGUGGUUGAUGCCGUGAUGAGUAACGACGUGGAUGCCUUGAUGUUUGGUUCGAAAUUGACUAUCAUGAAUUUUUCAAAGGAAAGCGGGUCUGGAUCUGCAGCCGCAACACACGUAACCUGUUACCGGAUGGGAGAGCAGCCUCAUGGCCAUGUUCCAAAUGUCCCUCUUGACAGGGCAGGAAUGAUUCUUUUUGCUAUGCUAAGUGGUGGUGACUAUGCGGAAGGCUUGAAAGGCUGCGGCAGUAAGCUAGCCGCUGAAAUCGCCCUAGCUGGCUUUGGAGAGGAUUUACUCAAUACCCUUUCCUCCCAUGCUUCGGACUUGGACUCGGGACUAAGUGAAUGGCGAGAGCGUCUACAGUAUGAGUUGGAUGAAAAUGAAAGUGGCUACUUCAAAAGAAAGCACAAGGCCGUUCGAAUCCCGGAAGACUUCCCAAACCGGACGAUUCUGAAGUAUUAUGCCGAGCCAAUAGUUUCGACUGAGGAGGAGGUGGCUACCUUGAAGAGCCAAUUGAGACAUUCAUGGGAUCGAGAAAUUGAUGCAAUGGCCAUUCGAGCCUUCACGGCGGAUAACUUUGAAUGGAACUAUCGGUCAGGAGCCAGGAAAGUCAUCAAGCUCUUGGCUGAACCUCUUGUUUCCUACCGGCUACGACUUCAAAGACCUGUGAAGGGCGUGCCGCAUGGCACUCUGGCUCCUGAAUGUGAUACACCCUGGUUGCAAAAGGUGCAUCGCAGUCGAGCAAACUUCGGGACAGAUGGCACGCCGGAAUUGCAGGUGGACAUGCUUCCCAUCGAUGUGGUUGGUAUUGACCUCUUCGCUGAGGAACCAAACCCACCAAUGCCAUCCCAGGACAAGUCUACACAGAGUACUGCCCAGUCUGGUGCAGAAGAAGGAGGCGUUGACGAAGAAGACCUAGAGGAUGCCCCGGCGGAUGAGACCGCAAGGGCACCCCCUCCGUCACCAUCGAAGAGUCGAGUCACCAGACGCUAUGACCCUUUGGCCAUUGAGAAAGUCUGGGUGUUUGAGACGGUUGCCAAAUUGGGAAUUCCUGAUAUCGUUGAAAAAUGGGACAAAGAACAAGCUGAAAAGGCCGAGAAUGCGAAGAAAACAACGACUAGGAAUCCUCCCAAGCGACGCACAGGGCCUAAGAAGAAGGGUCCUAUUGACCCCGGCAUGCAGCGGGGGAGUAUCCUGAAAUACGGAACACUCACCAAAGAAAGAUCCGAGCUAUCCUCGUCGAACAAGACUCGUCUGAUAGACGCUGCAACUUCGAAGUCGCAGGGAGAAGGAACAUCCAACUUACGCAAUCCACCUCCUGCCAUCAACCUGGAUGUCUUUCAACUAUCUCCGAGCAUGUAUCCUGAAAAAAGAGAUUAUUUUCAUACAUCUCAUGCUACGUCUGGAGUUGAUGAGUUAAUCGACAGUUUCUCUUCUUUAUCUACCACCACGCACACGCCAAGCAUCAAGCGUCAUCCUAUGUCCCUUCGUUCACGACCCCAAAUCAAUCUUCGCACCCUCGUUCACGGAGAGCGCGAAUUGGAUGACUACUCUGCAUUCAGUGAAGAUGUCGUUUCGUCCCAAGGUGCACCAAGUGGUAUUAGAUUGAGUUACGUUGUCUCGGAUGGUAAUUUUCCCCAAAGCGGAGGUGUGGCGCUCCCACGAGAGCUAGGUAUGCCUCCGGUGAUGCCUGAAAAGAAGGCGACACGCUCGAAGAAAGCAACCAAAAAGCUAAAUGCUACCGAAGGCUCCCCUGGAGUUGAUGAGCUCGAGGAGGCAAUUGAGUCACUCACACUUUCAUUGGGAUACGAUGAAUCCUGCUCAAGACAUCAACCUAGUGCCUCAAGAGCAGACGGCUUCGACAAUGACCAUCCUGAUCAAAUACAUAAGCCGACCUCAAUACCCGAAAGCGAACAUUGCUCAGAUGCAAGAAAGUCCAGAAAUCGGCAAACCCCGCAGGAAGAAGACAGUUCCUCGGUGAGAAAGAAGAAAGAUCCAAAGCCUAUCAAAACAGUUGGCCAUGCAGAGAACAUCUCGACAUUUGACGGCUUUUGGGAAGUCCACAACGAUGCCGAAGAAGUAUCUGAUACUACUCGAUCCACGCGUGCCACCACAGGGAAGGACGAAAGGAAACAAGAAGCGCUUCUCACGGGUCAGCAUUCUUGA